GAGGAGGAGGAGGAGGAGGAGGAGGAGGAGGAGGGGGAGUCGGUGUGUGGUGCACGCCGCGCUCCCAGCACAAAAGCCCAGGGAAAGAAACUCUUGGAAAGCUGGGAGCGAACGGUGGGGCCGGGCAGGAGCAGGUCGAACCGUCCGGGUCUGUUCGUCUCCACUGGAUAAAUUUUGCAACUGCGAAGGAAUUAAAUCCGAUUUUCUUGUUUUCGUUUUGUUUUGUUGUUUUUUUUUCCCUACCUCCUGCCCCCAGGAUUUUUUUCUUCUUUUUUUCUUUUUGAGAGCGAGAGGGAGGGCAGAGCCGGGCUUCUCCCCCCUCUUUUCACGCGCUCGAUCUUUUUAUUUUUGUUUCCCUGGGGGAUAGAGGUGCACGCGAGGGAAAAAAAAAGUAAAGGACUAUGUUUGCUUCGUGGCUGACUUUCGCCGUGCUCUGGGGAACUUUCUGUGCAGGACCAGGCCAUGGGGAGGCUGAGACAAGGGAGUGCAUCUACUACAAUGCCAACUGGGAGCUGGAGAAGACCAACCAGAGCGGCGUGGAGCGCUGUGAGGGGGAGAAGGACAAGCGGCUCCACUGUUAUGCCUCCUGGAGAAACAACUCCGGCUCCAUCGAGCUGGUGAAGAAAGGCUGCUGGUUAGAUGACUUCAACUGCUAUGACAGGCAGGAGUGCGUAGCCACAGAAGAAAACCCUCAGGUGUUUUUCUGCUGCUGCGAGGGCAACUAUUGCAAUGAGAAAUUUACUCAUUUGCCCGAAGUCACCGGCCCAGAAGUCAUCUACGAGCCACCGCCGCCAACGCCCUCUCUGCUCAACAUCCUGGUCUACUCCCUGCUGCCCAUCGCCGUGCUGUCCAUGGCCAUCCUGCUGGCCUUCUGGAUGUACCGGCACCGGAAGCCUCCCUACGGCCACGUGGACAUCAUUGAGGACCCUGGCCCGCCACCCCCUUCUCCCCUGGUUGGCCUAAAGCCCCUGCAGCUCUUGGAGAUCAAGGCCAGGGGACGCUUUGGCUGUGUGUGGAAGGCUCAGCUGAUGAACGACUACGUAGCAGUGAAAAUCUUCCCUAUUCAGGAUAAGCAAUCUUGGCAGAGUGAGAGGGAGAUUUUCAACACUCCUGGCAUGAAGCAUGAAAACCUUUUGCAAUUUAUCGCAGCAGAGAAAAGGGGGACAAACCUGGAGACAGAGCUCUGGCUGAUCACAGCUUUCCAUGACAAGGGUUCUCUGACGGAUUACCUGAAGGGCAACAUUAUCAGCUGGAAUGAGCUAUGCCAUGUUGCAGAAACGAUGGCCCGUGGCUUGUCCUACCUUCAUGAAGAUGUCCCCUGGUGCAAAGGUGAAGGACACAAACCUGCCAUAGCACACAGGGACUUCAAGAGUAAAAAUGUCUUGCUGAAGAACGACUUGACAGCUGUGCUAGCUGAUUUUGGACUGGCUGUACGGUUUGAACCUGGGAAACCUCCAGGGGACACUCAUGGACAGGUGGGAACAAGGAGGUACAUGGCUCCCGAAGUGUUAGAGGGAGCAAUCAACUUCCAACGAGACGCCUUCCUGAGAAUAGACAUGUAUGCAAUGGGACUGGUGUUGUGGGAGCUAGUCUCCAGAUGCAGAGCAGUUGAUGGUCCAGUGGAUGAAUACAUGCUGCCUUUUGAAGAAGAAAUAGGUCAGCACCCAUCCCUUGAGGACCUGCAAGAAGUGGUGGUUCACAAGAAGAUGCGCCCCGUGUUCAAGGAUCACUGGCUAAAACAUCCCGGCCUGGCGCAGCUCUGCGUGACCAUCGAAGAGUGCUGGGACCACGACGCGGAGGCGCGGCUCUCGGCGGGCUGCGUCGAGGAGCGCAUCGCGCAGAUCCGCAAAUCCGUCAACGGCACUACCUCGGACUGCCUCGUCUCCAUCGUGACGUCUGUCACCAACGUGGACUUGCCACCCAAAGAGUCUAGUAUCUGAGUCCUGGGUCCUGGUUCACUUUUGUCUUUCCAGACCCAGUGGAUUUAAAAAAAAAAAAAACAAAGAAAAAAAAAAAAAGACAAGAAAAAAGUUUUAAAAAAAAACCAUACAAAAAAAACAAAAUCACAAAAAUUCAACAAACCCAUGAAUGCAGCUGCUAUUUUAUCUUGACUUUUUAUUAUUAUUGUUAUUAUUAUUAUUAUUAUUUUUUUGGAUUGGAUCAAUUUUACCAGCACAUUGCUCUACUGUAUUAAAAAAAAUGGACAUUUCAGCAAGCAUUCAGGUGCCGACUAAUGAAUGCAGAAAAGGUGCAGGUACCUCAGAACCUCAACAAACUCACUUCAGUUGUUUUUAUUUUAUUCAGUUUUCUGGGUUUCUCUUUAUCAGUCUGUCUUCUGAGCGGAGCAUCUGUGACAUAAGCUUCUGUGACAUACAGGAAAACCACCUACCACCUUCAAAAACGCAAUGCUGCAAACUGUGGAGGAAACUUAAGACUGUUAUACAAAGAAUACACCUUCCUCAAAAGCAUUUUUUCCCCAUUUUGGUUUUGGGUUCAGUUUCUUUUUUAUUUUUUUUUUUUUAUUUUUUUGGAAGUGAGCUUCAGAAAAAAACAGCAGAUGUGUCUUUUACGGAUCUAACGGGUGUCAUUGUAACAUGGAAAAAAAAAAGUAACUGGGCAGAGAAUGUUAAUUCUUGAUGGUAGAAUUGAAGGGGCGAGCAUAGAAUAGGGGUGGGGAGAGUGACGUUGGACUCGGCAGCAUUCGGGGAAACAUCAUUUGCUAUGGAGCUACUUCUCAGGUAACCAUUAGAGGAGGGGAAGGACAUUUCUGGGCAGAGUAUUUACGGCUGCAGAGCAUGGAGAAAGCGGAAUUAAAGAGGCAGUGGUUGGAAGAAAGGCACUUGUUUCUUCCUCCAGAGUCUGGGUUUGGGCGGUAAAAGAACAAAGCAGGACUAUAACUUUUAUUUUUCAAUUCCAGAUAGUAUUAGGAAAAUGCUUUUAAGCAAUGUCAUCAGGACAGGUGGGGAAGUGUGAUUUCAGAAGCACUUUGGUAAAAUACUGAAAGAUGGGAAAAUUUGUGCAUCUUGUUUCAAGUGUGAGUCAGUCGAGGAAAUUUGGCCUUGGGUUGAUUAUCUGUCAACCCAAACUAAUGGUGCAGACGGUGGAAAGAGGAAAAGGGUGAAAAGUGGGUAUAUAUUUUUUCUUCUUUAUUAAUUUGAGGUUGGGAGAGUGAAAAUACCUGAAUGGUGGCAGCUGGCUCCUGUAGCAUCCGAGAAGCCUGAGAGCUGCCUGGCUGCAGCAGUGAUUCCCACAGCACCUCUCCCACUGGUUUCUUUGACCCUGCUUUCUCCUUACUCUGUGAUGAAACUCUUUUGUCUUAAAAUGGUGCAUAUUCUACAAUACCGUUACUCUUAUUAUGCCAUAAACUUGCUCUAGUCAGUGAAUGUUCCUAAUGCUGCUGAUUCAACAUUGAAAUAUUUUUUUAAUUUGCAAAACAUGCAAUGUUUAAAAAAAAAAACUUAAAAAAAAAAGCAAACACAAAACAUACACACACACGUUACGUGGCUUCCGAGGUUUAAACUGAAAAAAAAUUAAAAACUUCACGACCACAGACCACCUCAAACCAGAAAUACCUCAGAAUUUUCUACUUGUAUGAGUUUUAUUAUAUAUUUUGUUAGUUGUGUUGUCUUGUAGUAAGUAUAUUUUAAUGUAAGUUGGCUUUUAUGACAAGGGAGUUUUAAAAAAAGAAAAAAAAGAAAAAAAGUUCCAAAAUCUUUUAGGAAGUGCUACCAUUUUUUUUUGUUGUUUUGUUUAAUAAAGCACCAUUGUAAAUAACUGUAUACAGUUGUAGAAUAACUGCCUAUAUAAGGUACCUGGGCAUUAUUCACUCUUAUUUGUGAAGGCUGUUUCCAUGCUGUAUUUUUUUUUUUUUUGGUCUGUUUUAGUGAAAGGACAGUACAUCUUUUUUUUCUUUUUCUUUUAUUUUUUUAAUUUUUUUUUUUCUUUUUCUUACUUUGAAUAUAACAUGAAUUCUGUGUCUUGCUAGACUGACAAAGUUAUGUCCAUUGGAUGGCCAGAUCUUCUAAAUUUUUCUUUGUGUUAAGCCAAAAUGCAGUCCUAAACUAAUCACCCUGUAAUGAAAAUGUAAAAAGUCUGUAUUAUGUAAAUGAAUUGGACUUCUCUACACUGCCAAAUUAUCAGUGUGCACCCUUGCACAGAUAUAAUUUAUUAAGCAAAUGAAACCGCUAAUUGGAGAAAAUAUUAAAAAAAAUUGAAAUAUAUUUCUUGAAAAGUAUAGCUUUAAAACCUAGAGGUCACAAAUGAGGACAUGGUCCUUUAUCUUGAAGAGACAUUAAGAGAAUUGCCUUAAUUUGUCUAUCUGAAUAAAGUCUUAACCUAUUCUUUCAAGUUACUGAAUGUAUAUUGCAUAUUAGUAUGUACACACAUGUAACUGUGUUUCCGUGUGUAGGUUUGAAAGUUUCUGUUUCUUGAUGUGCUUCUGUUGAGAAAACCUUGACAAAACCAGACAGAACGAUACCAUUUUGACCCAGCCAAUGUCCCCGGUGGCCGUUGGCACCUUUGGGCCUGAUGCUGCAACAUACCUAUGCUUAGCAUUGAGGGUGUAGGUAGCUCUUCUGGUGUCAUGACAUUAGGCACUCACUUAAUGUUAAGUGUGGUUGUAAAUGUUUGCAGGAUCAGUAUUUUUCAUGUUUAAUACAUUUCUGCACUGAGAUUUAUAUGAAAAUGUGACUAUGUUUUAGAAGUGAAGUGAUGUAAGCGUUGGGGUGGAGUGUAGAGCAGUUAAGAUUGAGUGAAUACUUGUUUCGAGGUGGGCUUGCUCCCUUUUCCCCGGGAAUGGGAGCCAGUUCCUAUUGCUGCAGAAAGAAAAAAGCUGUACUGUCUUUUAACUGUUAAUAUCUGUUUGCUCUUCUGGAUUUUUUCCUUCAGCAUUACGUAUUAUAGCUAAAACAGGCUUAUUACAGCAGUUGCUUUUUUAUCCUGAUUUCUUUAAGAAGCUUUAAAGUAUUUAUUGAAAGUGCCAUAUGAUUUUAAUAGCCUAUUAAACAGUGUCUGAAAUCUUCUCUUUUGAGAAAGCAUAACACAAAUUCUCACAUGUAGCUUUUCUUACUGCGGGGAACUGCACGACCGUACAAACCUUGACCGAAUGUUGAUUGUAAAGUGUUACAUCUUCCUGGUGUAAUGGUUCCUUAUAGAUCAUCUUGUCAACAGGAUUCAGAAACUGAUUUGAAAAAGAAUUUCCAAAUUGGGUGUGUGCUGGGUAACAAGUUUUAUAUGUAUAUAGGUACGUGUGUCUUGCUAUUGCAGCAGAGAAGGAAAUCCUGAACUUUUAAUUUGUACCAAUUUGGCUAAAGCUGUUUUCUAAACUGGCACUUAUUUAUUUUAUGAACAAAGACAAGCUCUGAUUAACUUGUUGGUCUUUCAACAGUUGAUCUGUCAAGCAAGUAGUUCCCUCACCUCUAAUCCGUUUGAACUCUCAUUGACAACAUGAUUUUGGUUCUGUUUGGUACUGCAGAGGCUUUUUCCAAGUCAGGAAUUGGGCACAUCCAUAGGUGUAGCUGUCAUAAGCAACUGCAGCUCUUUUCCUCUAAACACUCCCUUGAAUAUGAUGGUGACAACACCUCUUAUGCUGCUUCCCAAGCACUAAAUUCCACCUCCCAUUCAGACUUAGAGGAAGCAGCUCUUCAAAAAUUUGGCUGCAGAAUUUUAUUGGUGAUCUCCCUCUCUCGUAUGGAAGUUCUCAGGUGAACGUUAGCAUUGAAUAUCCUGAGGAAAAAUUCUCCUUGACUUUAAGAGCCAGGAUUCCCCAUCUCUCUGGUGUAACUCCCUUUUAUGAAUUUAUUGCACUGGCUGGGCUGGUUUCCUGGGUGGAGAAAGUUUGAGUUCACAUUUUUAAACUGGAAGUACCACAGGAACUAAAACUGGGGAGUUUUUUUAAGAUGGUAGAGCAGUGACUUGCUGAUGAAAUUGCAUUAGUACAGCAAGGCUGGAAAUUGUAUGUGGCUUAUAUUAAAAUAUAUGUGCAUAUUAUAAGAGAUGGUUAUAAACCAGCCUAAUCAUCAGUUAAGUAGUACCAGGCCUAUUCAUUAUGAUUAAGGAUUUUAGAUGGUCCUGAUGAUUAAGAAAUCUCUAAGACAAAAGAAACUCACUUUUUAUUCUGCCUCGUUCUUCAGGCGAAAUUCUCUUACAGAAUAUCCAGUGCUACACAGUUACACCUAUGGAAGUGCCGAGGUCUUUGUUUUGAAGAGAAGGUCUGUGAGUGCCCCCCAGUAAUUCCCAUGCAUUUUCCUUAGGUCUCCUAACUCCCUGCUGUUCCCACUUGAAGUCAGUGGUUUCAGUGGAAGCAGAUAUUUCCAGGCUGGCUGGGUCAGGCCUGGCCAUUAGGAAUCCUGAUCCCCCUUAACAUCGUAGCAGUGAAACCGGAGAACACACGUUUUAUUCCUCUUGUACUACUUUCUAGGCAGACUGUCAGAGCUUGCCCUGUUUUGCAGGGAAAAGGUCUGGUUUCAUUUAGUCUGGAAGGAACUUGUACUGCAGAGGAAGGUGCUGGGUGAUAAGGUGUGACAGUGCUGUUUUUGCAGUCCUCUUCAAGCCACACUCCACUUGGGAAGUUGCUAAGCAGGAAGUGUCCCGCAAACUUUUAUCACUUUUACAUACAGGAUAUUGUUUGGUAACAUUGUAAAUAAAAUAGACUAUAUAAUAGAGGAAAAUAAGGACAUUUUGACUUUUUUACUUUUGGAAAAAUAUAUAUAUAUUUUAGUUACAUAUACAAACAAAAAUUCUACAUUGUGUGAGAAUUCUUUUAUACCACAGAUUAUUUUUGUAAUGUCUAAUAUGUUUCUGCAGGGAAAAGGGAGAAAGGUCUGUGUAUGCACAGCAAAUAAAUAAAGAAAUAUAUAUAUAAUGUUUAAAUUAAGUGUGCACUACAUCAAAGUCUAGAGGAUAGAACAAGUGUAGCCUGAAAACAGUUUGAGGAGCAAGUUUGGAUGUACUUGGACAUGCUUUGAGGAUGGCACUGAGUAUAUGUUUAGGUUAUCUUGCAUGUCACAUCCCUUCUGCUAAAGAUGCUCAUUGCUUUUCUACGGCCAUCUUCAGUUAACUCGGGAGGAGUUUUUUCAUGUGUUCAUGCGAGUAUCCAUGUGUGGGCAGUGUGUCUUUUGGCAUAUGCUGUGGUGCUGCAGUGAGUUGUGAAGUCAGGGUGUAAAGAAUUUACUGAGGCCAAAUAGCCAGGCUGAUCUCGCUCGCUGCUGUAUCCGUUCACAGCAGCUGUGUCUGCUGCAUUGACAAUAUGAUCUGUAAGGAGCUGUUACCAGUGGAGUCCUGAUAAAACCAGUUCCUAGAAAUUCCUUCUCUCUGAAGUGACACAACUAAUCAUGCUUCACCAGAACACACAGAUACGUGCUCUGUAUUCCCAAAAUCAGAUUUAACAGUCUGCAUCGGAGGCACUAAAAAAAAGGAGUGCUGUCAUGUCCAAAGUCUUACUAAGCGAAAGAGCUUUCCAAAUCUGUGUAACCAAUCCAAGGUAUUCUAAAAAUAUUAAAGAAAAUUAAAAAAAAAGUGUGUGGGGAGUUUAACCUAAUUUUCCAUUGGACUUAAAAUUCACUCCAGUCUUUUUCGUCCUCUCAACCAUGAUAGCACAGUGUCAGUGGGUGAGAGGUACUGAAGAAAGCUUUAAACCAAACAGCACAUGGCACUGCCUUGGAGCUGGUUUGACAGUGUGCCUUCUGCAAUUAGUGCUCACUAGUUCAAGCAGGCUCCUGCAAUUGCCGAGUCCCUCAGCUGUGUUCUGGUGAAGUCCUGGCCCUGUGGAAACCAGUGAGAGAUUUUCUAUCCAAUCCUGUGUGACCACGAGUGUGCGUUUGUGUUCCUGGAGCAUUUUCUAAGCACACCUGGUCUCUUAUUUACAUGAGACUUCCCUUUUCAUGACUCGUUCUUAGGGUGAUGCUCAGUUCCCUGACUGAAGUAGUAGCCUAUGGAAUAAGCAGUAAUGCUUUUUCUCAGGACACGUCCACAGAAAGAGGUCAUACUUGUGUUAUGUCCAUCCAGCUGUUCUGAAAUGUAAUGCUAUUCUGUUGUGCCUUUAUUUUUCCAUGCAAAAGCAACUGCUGUAAGCUUUCUUUUUGUUUAUUUUUUUUUUUAUUUCUGUCUGAAAAAAACACUUUUCAUUGCCCAGCUGUUAUUUCUGGAUGCAGUCUGUGAUCCAGGUAUUUCAAGAACCAAUUACCUCAAACCUCAUGUUAAACAGUGUUGCUAUCUGGAUUCUCCUUGAUACUACAAUAUUGUAACAUACACAAACAAACAGGAACUUUGCUCUAUAUUGGUGUUUAUAUAUAUGUAUCAUAUACAUAUAUACAUGUAUAUAUAUGAUACAUAUAUGUAAAUGAAAAGUGAUCCCCAAGGACUGAAGGAAAAAGCAAAACUUAUUUUGUAUUCCAACAUUGAAACCAAAAGGGCUUUUCUGAAGCUCUAUAAUGGCAUUGUGCUGGAUAUCUAGAAAGAAAAAGUGUUUUCUGAAAAGUGCUUCCUUUGUUAGCCUUUUAUUUCAGUAUUUUAAUGGGGCAGAUGAUGUGACUAAAACACUGCUUCUGCAUUUUUGGCCCAUUUUGAAGCAGAAGCCUCUUAAUCUUUCCAGUCAUUAAAAACCCCAAAACUCAGUUUAUAACAUUCCAAUAAGGUUGGUAUUGCAAAACUAAAACGUUCUAGGAAAAUUUCAUGGCUUCUGUUUUUGUGACAAGGAAGGCCAUACUUCAUUCAAUUUUCCAGUGUUUUGGGGAACUGAAGUUUAACCAGUAACCAUCCUAGUGAAUUAAAAUCCUAAUUCAGUAGUCACUGGCAUCUCUGCAUUGCCACCUCUGUAAAAACACCAAAAUAAACCACAAAAAACAACUGAAACCAAAAAUCUGGCCAUGACAGAGGAGGAGAUUGGAGCAUCUCAUAGGCUUGGAAAGUGGACUUAGCACCAGAGCAACUUUGUGGAUAACAAAAAACGUGUUGGCAAGACCUAGAACCUGUCUGCCCCUUUCCUUUUUCCAAAUACCUACUCCCAAGAACCAGCUCAUAAAAUCAGACCUUCAACUACAGCAACUUCUUAAUGGUACUUUGCUGAAGAGAAUUCUGUUCAGGCUAUAUUUUUUUGGGGAAAAAAUAUAAGUUAGACCAUUUUUUAAAUCACCAUUUUAUUGUAUGUGAUCCCCUCCCAAAUGUCUGUUUUUUAAAAAAAUAUAUCCAUGUAGUCUGGAUUUUAGUCUGUAUUUUACUUGGACAGCAUAGUAGCUUUUCCUGUCCAAAUACUAAUGAAUUUACUAUUACUAGUAAUUCAUUUAAUUACUGAAUGAAUGGAUAGUAAUUAAUUUACUGUUUCUAAAGGAAGAGUACAAGAUAUUUCCCUUUCCCCAUAUUUUUCUUGGCUGCCUAAUGUUUCUAUGGCUAUUGAUGGUUGAUGAUUAUUAUCUUUGGUAAAUCAAAGUACUAAAAUCUCCCAGGAGGAGGUGUUUUGCAAUGCUGCUGGCCUUCCAAUGGAAUAACUAUAAUGCAAAAAUCAAUCUAUUAGUGGGUGAGGAUUGAAGGAGGUGGUUACUGCAAACUAAGCAACAUUUUUGGCCUCAAUUAUAUGCCAUAAGCCCGCACAAUGCCAUUGUCAAUCUGUUCAAACUAUCUGCUUAUGAAUUCUGCAUGAUCCUCAUGAUAGAGUUGAAAGCCUGAUCUUUCACCUGUUAAUAUUUUCACAUUCGUCCUUAAGUUUGACAAAUUUUGUACUGUAAAGUUGACUUAAGUACAGUUCGAUGUCAAUUCUUGUGGAAAGAGCUUUCUGCAUGUAACAUUAGAUGCAUACAGUUAAACAACACAGCAUAGUACAAAAACUCACAAGAAAAUGUUUUGACACCAGCAGGAAGAAAUCUCACCCUAACCAUUUGUCAUUUUAAAACCAUCUUAUUGUAAGUUUUACCAGCUACUUCUAAAUUUGUGCUUUAUUUAAAGAAAUAAAAUAAAAAUCCUAAGACUUGUCUAGCGUAGUGAAAUAUGUGUAUAUCAGUUUUAGGAUAAAUAGCUAAGUCUUAUUACGCUGUGUUACUUAACUUGUAUAUAUAGAAUAUACAUAAGAGUUUGCAGUAACCUGUUUCUCCAGGAUUUCCAGUUGGAAUGGAUUUAAACUCAAACUAUGAGAUUAAAUGAUUUAGAAGAUUGCAGAAUAAACUGAGUGUAAAUUACAGGAAGCUCUAUCAGAUGGUGAAAUAAUUUUUAAAGAGUCUCUUGGUCCUUGGCUCAAAUUCACUAAGUACUGUUUGUAUACCAAGAUAUGUGAAAUGUAAAUGUUGUAGGUUAUAUUUCACUCUUGUAGCUAUAAAAAUGUAGAACAGAGAUAGCUUGUACUACUGAGUUAACAAAAGUUAUUCUAAAGUAUCCUGUUAAAGAAAAAAGUAUACAGAGAGUUAAGCUCGUUGCUGUAACCCCUUUUGGAUUGAAGUGUGCUGAUUUUUUUUAUAUAUGUACAUUUUAUAUAUAUACAUUCUGCAGAAGUAUACAUAUAUAAAAUGUAUAUAUAAAAUGGCCUAAUGCAGACAUCCAUUGUAUUGCAGUUAUUAAAUGAAGACAUUUUGGAAAGAACAUUGUAUCAUAGUUCAUGAAUUUGCAGUGGAUCUUUGUUCCUUUUUACUGUGGUAUUUUAGAAAUGAGUCUCAAGUUUGAAAUUAGAUCUGCCAAGUUGGAGUUUUGCUGCUUCAGCUUUGCACUGGGUGUCCGAAUAAACCAGUAUGAAUGUAGUAUUUGCCCUGUGUGAAGCAGCUACACCCCAACAAAUAGGAGGAAAAAACCUAGAAAGAACUAUUUCAAGUUUAUCUUUUUGUAUAUGAAAAUAAACAGUAAAUUACAAAUAA